CGCACAUGAAUGACGUUUGACGUCCCAAUGACCGUGAGCUGCGUGAAACCCCACUCUGACAUCCAUGCUUUAGGAUCAAGCAUACACAAAACCAAACACAAUGAUGAGUUUAGCGGGUUUAUUGCAUAGUCUGAGACGUUCAUUGCUUCACUUAGAAGGAAAGCUUCUUCAGUCUGCAGGAUUUGACGGACAUUUGGCACCUGCGCUUGCAUUGAAUGGCCCUAGACUGCAGGUCCAACCCCAGCAGGACGAGCAUCUUGAUGAAGAGCAGCAGAGCCCAGAACAGCCGCCUGGCAUCCUGGACAACAUUAUGUGGAUGGCAGCGCCUAAGAAAAGACGCUCUAUAGAAAUCAACCGUACUAGAAGAAGAGCAGUCGAAAAACUAAUAAAAGUCAAGGACAACGUGGUACCAUGUUUGGAGUGCGGCCACCUAAAGCAGAAGCAUGUCCUAUGUGGGUUCUGUUACGAGAAGGUACGCAGAGAAACGUCGCUCAUUCGCAUUCAAAUAAACGCCCAGGAAGGAGGCCCGCUGAAGGCUCCAGCCACUGAGACGGUUGUCCUGUAUGAGGGAGAGAUGCCGGGCGACCAGGACCAAGACAAGAGGAUAGUGGAGAGAGCAAGGAAACGACCCACCUGGUUCACCUAAUGGGAUUAAACGUCGGAUUGUGUGAACACAUUAAGACACACAAAUAUAUUGUGCGUGUACAAACAGUUGAAUGGCAAGUUUUUUGCCAUUUGGUUUCAUGUACUUUAUUUGUAUGUUAUGUCUAUUGUCUCAUGUCUACGUCUGGAAUUCAAAAGCAAACUGUUGCAUUGUGUUAGUAAUUAUUUUACAAUACACCAUAUGGACAAAACAAGCAACUCAUACAAAUGUUUAUGUAAUAUUUUGCUAAUAAAAUUAUCUCUAGCCAUG